AUGAACACAAAAGGUCAAGCAGCAUCAGAGGAGCAGGAAAGCUGAUGUUUCGGGCCUAGAUCCUUCUUCAGAAAAUCAUGUGGAGUAAUGUCCUUUACAGCCGUUAACAUUUGUCCAUGAUUUUCUGUGGUUUCAAAUCCCUGAGCUGAUGUCACAGAUUGUAACCUGUGCAGGACAGAGAAUAUUUUGAUGUGGUCAGCCUGUGACAGGGAGAAGACAGUCCAUAAUAAGGCCGAAAAGACCCUGGAUGGGUGGAGGGCUGCUGAACUAAAUCUUCUCGCUUCAUCUGUGUAGAGAAUCCUGUUCCUUGCAGGAGAAGACCAAGAUGGCUUCUGCUGGGAAACUACAACUGCAUGUCUCAGCAACCAUGUAAAUGAUGCUGCUUGGCCUGCUGUGUUCAUCCAGCCCUGCACCAUGUUCCAGUGGAUUGUCCACAGCCUCAUUACAGAAAUACCCGGUCUGCCAGAAGCUAAUCCUCAACUUCUGAGGAAGACGGGACUGUGACAUCAGACAGUGUCAGAAAGCUGCCUCCUGCACCCCCUCAGUACUCCUCACCCUGGCAAAAAUGUUGGGCAACUGAAGUGGUCGGCAAUGACUGGGGCCCAGGGAGGUGUACAUCACACAAGGAGCAGAUGCAUUAGGAUGGCCAGGGUUUAGGGGGCCCACAACUCUGUAUUCUCCAAAGCGCAUGGGUCUGUGUAUAAUGUUCUUGGUCUACAGCGCCUCACAUCAGUGAGUUUGCCACCCCUUCCCACCCAGGUCCAGGCACUCACCCUACCCACACCUGAUGUGGUCACAGUCAUUGCCUUCCCCGUUGUGUACUUUUGAUUUCUAGGACAAUGGAAGAUAAUUUAGAGACAUUUGUCAUUGACAUUUUCCGAAAUGACUCAAAGUGAUCUGACAAUUGUCGAUACUUUAGAGAUUUUUAAGUGACUCUUGGAUAGGCACAUGGAGGAUAGUAAAAUGUAGGGUUUUCAGGGUAGUUUGAUCUUAGUAGGACAAUAGGUUGGCACAACAUCGUGGGGUGAAGGGCCAGUACUGUGCUGUACUUUUCUAUUCAUAGCACCCCUACAGUGUGGAAACAGUCCCUUCAGCCCAACAAGUCCACACCGACACUUAGAGCAUCCCACCCAGACCCAUUCCCCUAUAACCCACCUAAUCUACACAUCCUUCAACACUACAGGCAAUUUAGCAUGGCCAAUCCACCUAACCUGCACAUCUUUGGACUGUGGGAGGAAACCAUUCAAUCAUAAUGAUCAAUGGUCGAUAUACAGGGCAGUGCACCAUCUGUUCAAAAUGAUUUAAAUUCUUUCUCAGGCACUUCUUACCAAUUACCUUCUAAAUAUCGAUGAUGAUCAGGUGACACAAAUAAAAUGUUUGCGCAUAUAUGAACCCAUUCGGAACAUUUUAACAAUGGUUAUACAGCAUCACUUAGACGUCACAUACGUGGUUACUGAAUUUCCCACUAUCAUAAGACAGGCUGAGCGUUACUGUGUAAAAAUGCUCCUUAAAGGGGAAACAAAAGUCACAUGAUGGUGGCCAGUGGCCAGUGUUAAUUGUUCCAAUUUUCAAGACGUAGAACGCAAUUAAUCACAGUUCUGACAAAGAUUUAUGGACAUUAAAGAUUUACGUUGUUUGUAUCAAAAAAACAGAUCUUGUCUGACUUCUGAGUGACUGCUGGCUCUUAUUUUGUCUGAUUCUGAUAGGCUUCGCUUCUAGUUUUCUUUUUGAAGUAAUGAGUCAGGGAGUAGGCGUAUCUUUAAUACCCGAGGCAGAUGAACAGUCAGAAUACAUCAGGAAGCAGAAACCCAUGCUCUGAUCUGUGGAGCAAAGCUUACGUAUUCCUGGUAAUGGAAAUUCCAUAGACAGAAGAAUAAAAGCAACAUGCAGAGAACGAGGCAGACUUUCAUUGACACAGAAGAAAGUAACAGCACAGAUCAGAUUGGAACCAUGGCUGAGUUGUCAUCUACACAAUCGCCCUUUGCCAAUGUUUCCCAGUCAGUAGUAGAUGUUAUUGUACUAUCAAAGGACACUAACUGCACCAUUGAAGAUGGUUUCCUUGCAUUGAGUCUGCCUAUCUUCUACAUCAUUAUUUGUGUCAUUGGGCUCCUUGGUAACUUACUGGCCUUAUGGGUGUUUUUCUUCAACCAAAGGAAGUCAACGUCUAUUUCUAUUUACAUGAAGCAUCUGGCUGUGGCUGACCUCCUGUUGUUACUCUGCCUUCCAUUCAGGAUUGCUUACCAUAUUGGAGAGUACAAGUGGAUGGUAAGGUGCUACUUCUGUAAGAUCAUUGGGACAUUUUUCUAUAUCAACAUGUAUGCCAGCAUUGUAUUCCUAGGAUUGAUCAGCCUGGAUCGCUAUUUAAAGAUCACAAAACCUCUCCUCAAGUUUAGGAUCCACAGUGUGAAAUGGAGCUCAGGCAUAUCCAAGGCUGUGUGGCUCACUACCAUCUUAUUCAUGCUGCCCUUUGUUGUGGUGAGCAGCUUAAAGUCAAAUGAAACAAAAUGCUUCCACUACAAGAACCAGAGUGUGAUCGCGGGUGCAAUGAACCUAACAGCUGUCAUGUUUAUUUUUAUACUGUCCUUGCUAUUCCUGGUGUCCUAUGCCAAGAUUGCAGUCAAGCUCUACAACAUCUCCGAAGGGAAGAAAAAGCAGCAAAUCAGGAAAGUGAGCACCAGAGCCAUCAUAAAGACCUCCAUUGUCCUCGCAAUCUACAUAGUGUGCUUCAUACCUUAUCACAUUGUUCGAGUCCCUUAUGUCCUCUCACAGAUGGAAAUCAUUUCCAGCUGUCAUUCUAAGCAGUUUCUGCAUGUGGCCAAUGAACUGGUUCUGUGCCUCUCUGCCCUAAACAGCUGUCUUGAUCCAGUCAUCUAUUUCUUCCUAUCCAACUCUUUUCGCAGGGUUAUUAUUUACACCAUUAAAGGAAGGUUCAGCAAAACCUUUCCCAAAGCAAAUGGAACCAGAACCAGUUUCAAAUCCAUUACAGAUGUCUGAGAUUCAGAGCUGCCGAUACUAAGUUAAGGGGAUAGAAGCUGAAUGCAUGGCCAUUAAGCAAGCACCAUCACAGUAAUCAUUUGAAUCCAAGGUGAUACGUGGAGUAGUAGUAUUUUAGGCAACUUUUGCAACAGCCUGCCUAGAGAUAGCAGUAAUAGCCCACUCAUAGAGACAAGGGCAUGUCAAAUACUCAAGUUAUGCCAGUGUUCCAAAUGUUUGAUGUCUGGCCAUGACAAAGAGAACUCAGCAGCAAGAGUUUAAAGCCACAGUUUUGUUAAGCCAGAUGUAUCACACUGUAUUACUGCAAAUCGUGGAAAUGGCAAUUAUGUAUCUUCACAGAAAGAACCUCUGAAAACAUCACAGGCCUAUUUUCAACUGUUCCUAGCUUAUGUUUUCCAACAUGGACUUAUAGACAUUUUGUAAAGAAGAUGCAAUGUUGAAUUAAACUUAAUUCCAAUGUUAUAGCUCUAGGAACAUUUCACCAGUUUAUUACAGAUGUUUACAAUGCAGGAAGGCACAUUAUCUUCAUGCACAAGCUCCAAACCAUAGUAAUACCAACACAGUACCUGUGUGAGCCUGGGUAUUUCUCCAGCUUGUGUGGACACUGGGAAUUUCUGGUAUUGUAGACUUUGGCAGAUCAGAUUUCCCAGAGUAUGUUGCAUCUUGCAAUACACAUGUGUUUUGUAAAAGACCUAAAGAUACAGUGAACAGUUUACAAAGAAAGUCAUUUGUUGUUUAAUAAGGAAUCAAUUUCCUGUACAGGACAUUCAUAAUAAAACAUGAUCUUUGGUCUUGAUAGUGACAUCUGGCUCUGAGGCUGAAGAGCAGACUCACCUGACUCUUGUGCUUAGUGCAAAUUUCAAUUCCCAGCACAGAAAGCCAGAAUUGUUUUCAUAGAGACUCAAAAUAUUGUGCAGAACAAUGGAUGAAUUGGACCCAAUACCUUGUUAUGUAUUAAAGAGUUAUUCCAUGUUAGAUUGUAAAUUGCUUUAAAUGUUUUAUAAAUAACUGUGAAUGCUGGAGACCUGAAACAAAAACUGAAAGUUCAGGAGAAACUCAGCAGGUCUGGCUGAGAUGAUUCUAAUCAUUCUAAUAUAACUGAGGAAGAAUCAUUAGACUGAAACCAUUAAAUCUGUUUCUCUCUUCACAGAAGCUACCAGACUUGUUGAGUUUCUUCAGUACUUUCUGUUUGUACAUCCUUAAAUGGGCCCAGAUGAAAUUUGUACUAUUAGAACAUUACUAGGUGUGAAACAUAUAUAGGAAUUUUGCAUUAUAAAGCAAGAAUUAUUUGAACUGUCAGCACUUUAACAUCUAACGAUAUGGAUGCUUUUUGUACAAAUUAAAUAUAUUAUUUUUAUUA